GCGGCGCCUCCGCUGCACCGGCACCGUGAGGUGGAAAGUUCUAGGCAGUUGUUUUUCUCCUAAUAUCCAGCCUAACCCUGCCCUGGCACAGCUCCAGCUGCUCCUUCGGGUCACAGGGAGCAGAAAUCCCCCCGUUCGUUUUGGAAGUGGCUCAGUGCUCAGAUUGCACGGAUAUCAGGAGUGUUGAGAGCCCAGUUUGGGGAAGCCAUGGAGGAGUCUUCCGAAGCCAGCAAAGCCGCGGACGCGAACGCUCAUUCGCGCUUCAUCAUCGGCUCCGUGUCCGAGGACAACUCGGAGGAUGAGACCAGCUCCUUGGUGAAGCUGGACCUGCUGGAGGAGAAGGAGAGGUCUUUGUCACCUGCGUCCGUCUGCUCCGAUUCCCUCUCGGACCUGGGGCUUCCCAACGCUCAGGAUGGCCCGGCCAGCCACAUGAGGCCCAGCAUGUCUGGUUUGCACCUUGUCAAGCAAGGCCGGGACAGGAAGAAGGUGGAUGUGCAGCGAGAUUUCACCGUGGCCUCUCCAGCAGAGUUUGUUACUCGUUUUGGAGGCAAUAAAGUUAUUGAAAAGGUCCUGAUAGCAAAUAAUGGCAUUGCAGCAGUGAAGUGCAUGAGGUCCAUCCGGCGCUGGUCCUACGAGAUGUUCAGGAACGAGAGGGCCAUCAGGUUCGUGGUCAUGGUCACCCCUGAGGACCUGAAAGCCAAUGCAGAGUACAUUAAAAUGGCAGAUCACUACGUGCCCGUCCCUGGAGGACCCAACAACAACAACUAUGCAAACGUGGAGCUCAUCCUGGACAUUGCCAAGAGGAUCCCAGUGCAGGCUGUGUGGGCUGGCUGGGGCCAUGCAUCAGAGAACCCCAAACUGCCAGAACUGCUCCACAAAAACGGGAUUGCUUUCAUGGGUCCUCCCAGCCAAGCCAUGUGGGCCUUAGGAGAUAAAAUUGCUUCUUCCAUCGUGGCUCAGACUGCUGGCAUUCCAACUCUUCCUUGGAGUGGCAGUGGCCUUCGGGUGGACUGGCAGGAGAACGACCUCCAGAAGCGCAUCCUGAGCGUUCCUCAGGAGCUCUACGAGAAGGGCUACGUGAGGGACGCCGACGACGGACUGCGGGCUGCUGAGGAGGUUGGCUACCCUGUCAUGAUCAAGGCUUCCGAAGGAGGAGGAGGAAAAGGAAUCAGGAAAGUGAACAAUGCAGAUGACUUCCCCAAUCUGUUCAGACAGGUUCAAACUGAAGUCCCAGGCUCUCCCAUCUUUGUGAUGAGGCUGGCCAAGCAGUCCAGGCACCUGGAGGUGCAGAUCCUGGCAGACCAGUACGGCAAUGCCAUCUCCCUCUUCGGCCGCGACUGCUCCGUGCAGCGCCGGCACCAGAAGAUCAUCGAGGAGGCUCCAGCCUCCAUUGCAACCUCAACAGUGUUUGAGCACAUGGAGCAGUGCGCAGUGAAGCUGGCCAAAAUGGUGGGGUACGUGAGUGCAGGCACUGUGGAGUACCUGUACAGCCAGGACGGCAGCUUCUACUUCCUGGAGCUGAACCCACGCCUGCAGGUGGAGCACCCCUGCACUGAGAUGGUGGCAGAUGUCAACCUGCCAGCAGCACAGCUCCAGAUUGCCAUGGGGAUCCCCCUGCACAGGAUCAAGGAUAUCAGGGUGAUGUAUGGAGUUUCUCCCUGGGGGGACACAACCAUUGAUUUUGAGAACUCGGCCCACGUCCCCAGCCCCCGUGGCCACGUCAUCGCUGCCCGGAUCACCAGUGAGAAUCCUGAUGAGGGGUUUAAGCCCAGUUCUGGCACAGUUCAGGAGCUGAAUUUCCGCAGCAAUAAGAAUGUCUGGGGCUAUUUCAGUGUGGCUGCUGCAGGGGGGCUCCAUGAAUUUGCUGAUUCCCAGUUUGGUCACUGCUUCUCCUGGGGAGAGAACCGUGAAGAAGCCAUCUCAAACAUGGUGGUGGCUCUGAAGGAGCUCUCCAUCCGAGGGGACUUCAGGACCACUGUGGAAUACUUGAUCAAGCUGCUGGAGACAGAGAGCUUCCAGCAGAACCGCAUCGACACGGGCUGGCUGGACCGGCUCAUCGCCGAGAAAGUGCAGGCUGAGAGGCCUGACACCAUGCUGGGGGUGGUGUGUGGGGCUCUGCACGUGGCUGACGUGAGCUUCCGAAACAGCGUCUCCAACUUCCUGCACUCCCUGGAAAGGGGUCAAGUCCUCCCUGCUCACACUCUGCUCAACACGGUGGACGUGGAGCUCAUCUACGAGGGACGGAAAUAUGUGCUGAAGGUGACCAGGCAGUCUCCCAAUUCCUACGUGGUGAUCAUGAACAGCUCCUGUGUGGAAGUCGACGUGCAUCGCCUGAGUGACGGGGGGCUGCUCCUCUCCUACGAUGGCAGCAGCUACACCACCUACAUGAAAGAAGAAGUGGACAGGUAUCGCAUCACCAUUGGGAACAAGACCUGUGUGUUUGAGAAGGAGAAUGAUCCCUCCAUCCUGCGCUCGCCUUCCGCUGGGAAGCUGAUCCAGUAUGUGGUGGAGGAUGGGGGACACGUGUUUGCAGGCCAGUGCUUUGCAGAAAUUGAGGUGAUGAAAAUGGUGAUGACGAUAACAGCAGGAGAAUCAGGGUGCAUCCACUAUGUCAAACGCCCAGGGGCAGUCCUGGAUCCAGGCUGUGUGAUUGCCAAGCUGCAGCUGGAUGAUCCCAGCAGGGUUCAGCAGGCUGAGCUGCACACGGGUACCCUGCCCCAGAUCCAGAGCACAGCGCUGCGGGGCGAGAAGCUCCAUCGCAUCUUCCACUACGUGCUGGACAACCUGGUCAACGUGAUGAAUGGGUACUGCCUGCCAGAGCCCUUCUUCAGCAGCAAGGUGAAGGGCUGGGUCGAGCGAUUAAUGAAGACCCUGAGGGAUCCAUCUUUGCCCCUGCUGGAGCUUCAGGACAUCAUGACCAGUGUCUCUGGGCGGAUACCACCCAAUGUAGAGAAGUCCAUCAAGAAGGAGAUGGCCCAGUAUGCCAGCAACAUCACCUCGGUCCUCUGCCAGUUUCCCAGCCAACAGAUUGCCAACAUCCUGGACAGCCACGCGGCCACCCUGAACCGCAAGUCGGAGCGCGAGGUUUUCUUCAUGAACACCCAGAGCAUCGUGCAGCUCGUGCAGAGGUACCGCAGUGGCAUUCGGGGCCACAUGAAGGCCGUGGUGAUGGAUCUGCUCCGGCAGUACCUCAAGGUGGAGACUCAGUUCCAGCACGGUCACUAUGACAAGUGUGUCUUCACCCUUCGUGAGGAGAACAAGAGUGACAUGAACGCGGUGCUGAACUACAUCUUCUCCCACGCCCAGGUCACCAAGAAGAACCUGCUGGUUACAAUGCUCAUCGACCAGCUCUGUGGCCGUGACCCCACCUUGACAGACGAGCUGAUCAAUAUCCUGACAGAGCUGACCCAGCUCAGCAAGACGACCAACGCCAAGGUGGCCCUGCGAGCGCGGCAGGUUCUCAUUGCUUCCCACCUGCCCUCCUACGAGCUGCGUCACAACCAGGUGGAGUCCAUCUUCCUGUCGGCCAUCGACAUGUACGGCCACCAGUUCUGCAUUGAGAACCUGCAGAAACUCAUUUUGUCUGAGACAUCCAUCUUUGAUGUGCUUCCCAACUUUUUCUACCACAGUAACCAGGUGGUAAGAAUGGCAGCUUUGGAGGUGUACGUGAGGAGAGCCUACAUUGCCUACGAGCUGAACAGCGUCCAGCACCGCCAGCUGAAGGACAACACCUGCGUGGUGGAGUUCCAGUUCAUGCUGCCCACCUCCCACCCCAACAGGAUGUCCUUCUCCUCCAACCUCAAUCACUAUGGGAUGGCUCACGUGGCCAGUGUGAGUGACGUGCUGCUGGACAACUCCUUCACGCCGCCGUGCCAGCGCAUGGGCGGGAUGGUCUCCUUCCGCACCUUCGAGGACUUUGUCAGGAUCUUUGAUGAAGUCAUGGGAUGCUUCUGCGACUCUCCCCCGCAGAGCCCGACGUUCCCCGAGGCCGGCCACGCUUCCCUGUAUGAUGAAGACAAGAGUGCCCGGGAGGAGCCCAUCCACAUCCUCAACGUGGCCAUCAAAACCGACGGCGACGUGGACGACGACGGCCUGGCUGCCAUGUUCAGGGAGUUCACCCAGAGCAAGAAAUCAGUCCUGAUUGAGCAUGGCAUUCGGAGGCUGACUUUCCUUGUAGCACAAAAGAGGGAAUUCCCAAAGUUCUUCACCUUCCGUGCCCGGGAUAAGUUCGAGGAGGAUCGGAUUUACCGGCACCUGGAGCCCGCCCUGGCCUUCCAGCUGGAGCUGAACCGCAUGAGGAACUUCGACCUCACGGCCAUCCCCUGUGCCAACCACAAAAUGCACCUCUACCUGGGGGCUGCCAAGGUGGAGGUGGGCACGGAGGUGACAGACUACAGGUUCUUCGUCAGGGCCAUCAUAAGGCACUCGGACCUGGUGACCAAGGAAGCCUCCUUUGAGUACCUGCAAAACGAGGGCGAGCGUUUGCUGCUGGAGGCCAUGGACGAGCUGGAGGUGGCCUUCAACAACACCAACGUGCGCACGGACUGCAACCACAUCUUCCUCAACUUCGUGCCCACCGUCAUCAUGGACCCCUCCAAGAUCGAGGAGUCGGUGCGCUCCAUGGUGAUGCGCUACGGCAGCCGCCUCUGGAAGCUGCGCGUGCUGCAGGCCGAGCUGAAGAUCAACAUCCGCCUGACGCCCACGGGGAAGGCCAUCCCCAUCCGCCUCUUCCUCACCAACGAGUCGGGCUACUACCUGGACAUCAGCCUCUACAAGGAGGUGACAGACUCCAGGACGGGCCAGAUCAUGUUCCAGGCGUAUGGAGAUAAGCAGGGACCACUCCACGGGAUGCUGAUCAACACUCCCUACGUGACCAAAGACCUGCUGCAGUCCAAGAGGUUCCAGGCACAGACUUUAGGGACAUCGUAUGUCUAUGACAUUCCUGAGAUGUUCAGGCAGUCGUUGAUCAAGCUGUGGAAUUCCAUGAAUGACCACGCGUUCCUGCCGCCGACGCCGCUGCCCUCGGACAUCCUGACCUACACGGAGCUGGUGCUGGAUGACCAGGGCCAGCUGGUGCACAUGAACAGGCUGCCAGGAGGAAAUGAGAUUGGGAUGGUGGCCUGGAAGAUGACCCUGAAGACGCCGGAGUACCCGGAGGGCCGGGAUAUCAUUGUCAUUGGCAAUGACAUCACCUACAAAAUCGGCUCCUUCGGGCCCCAGGAGGACGUGCUGUUCCUCAGGGCCUCCGAGCUGGCCCGGGCUCAGGGCAUUCCCCGCAUCUACGUGGCUGCCAACAGCGGGGCCAGGAUUGGCCUGGCCGAGGAGAUCCGCCACAUGUUCCACGUGGCUUGGGAAGACCCAGACAACCCCUACAAGGGAUACAAAUACCUGUACCUGACUCCUCAAGACUAUAAGAAAGUCAGUGCCCUGAACUCUGUUCACUGUGAACACGUGGAGGAAAAUGGAGAGUCCAGGUACAAGAUAACGGAUAUUAUCGGGAAGGAGGACGGGCUUGGAGUAGAGAACCUCAGAGCAUCUGGCAUGAUUGCUGGAGAAUCAUCUUUAGCCUAUGAUAGCGUUAUCACCAUCAGCUUGGUCACGUGCCGGGCGAUUGGGAUUGGGGCCUACAUCGUCCGGCUGGGCCAGAGAACCAUCCAGGUGGAGAACUCCCACAUCAUCCUCACUGGCUGUGGGGCCCUCAACAAAGUGCUUGGACGGGAAGUUUACACCUCCAACAACCAGCUGGGAGGGAUCCAGAUCAUGCACAACAACGGGGUGACACAUGACACCGUCUGCGAUGACUUUGAAGGAGUCUACACCAUUCUGCAGUGGCUUUCCUACAUGCCAAAGAACAUACACAGCCCUGUGCCCAUGCUGAAAGCCAAGGAUCCCAUAGACAGAACCAUUGACUUUGUUCCCACCAAGGCCCCCUACGACCCUCGCUGGAUGCUGGCUGGACGCCCCAACCCAAAUCAGAAAGGGCAGUGGCUGAGUGGGUUCUUUGACCACGGCUCGUUCAUGGAGAUCAUGCAGCCCUGGGCACAGACAGUCGUGGUGGGCAGAGCAAGGCUGGGAGGAAUACCUGUAGGAGUGGUUGCCGUGGAAACAAGGACGGUGGAGCUCAGCAUUCCUGCUGAUCCUGCAAACCUGGACUCGGAGGCCAAGAUAAUCCAGCAGGCUGGGCAGGUGUGGUUCCCUGACUCUGCCUUCAAAACAGCCCAGGCAAUCAAGGACUUCAACCGGGAAGGGCUGCCCCUGAUGGUCUUUGCCAACUGGAGAGGCUUCUCUGGGGGGAUGAAAGACAUGUAUGACCAGGUGCUGAAGUUUGGGGCCUACAUCGUGGACGGCCUGCGGGAGUACCAGCAGCCCGUGCUCAUCUACAUCCCGCCGCAGGGCGAGCUGCGCGGCGGCUCCUGGGUGGUCAUCGACCCCACCAUCAACCCCCGGCACAUGGAGAUGUACGCCGACAGGGACAGCAGAGGAGGGAUCCUGGAGCCGGAGGGGACGGUGGAGAUCCGCUUCCGCAGGAAGGACCUGGUGAAGACGAUGCGCAGGGUGGACCCGGUGUACAUCCAGCUGGCCGAGCGCCUGGGCACCCCCGAGCUGAGCCCGGCUGACAGGAAGGAGCUGGAGGCCAAGCUGAAGGAGCGGGAGGAGUUCCUGGUCCCCAUGUACCAGCAGGUGGCCAUGCAGUUCGCGGACCUGCACGACACCCCCGGCAGGAUGCAGGAGAAAGGGGCCAUCACCGACGUCCUGGACUGGAAAACCUCCCGCACCUUCUUCUACUGGCGGCUGCGGCGGCUGCUGCUGGAGGAGGCGGUGAAGGGGAAGAUCCACGAGGCCAACCCCGAGCUGACGGACGGGCAGAUCCAGGCCAUGCUGCGCCGCUGGUUCGUGGAGGCCGAGGGCACGGUGAAGGCCUACCUGUGGGACAGCAACAAGGACCUGGUGGAGUGGCUGGAGAAGCAGCUGACGGAGGAGGAGGGCGUUCGCUCGGUGGUGGAGGAGAACAUCAAAUACAUCUCCAGGGAUUACGUGCUCAAGCAGAUCCGGAGCCUGGUCCAGGCCAAUCCCGAGGUUGCCAUGGAUUCCAUCGUGCACAUGACCCAGCACAUCUCCCCCACGCAGCGAGCCGAGGUCGUGCGGAUCCUCUCCACAAUGGACUCGCCUUCUUCCACGUAAGAGCCUCGGCUCCUCGCUGCCCCUGCCCGGCGCCGCGGGAGGAGCCCGGAGCUGGGAACUGCCCUUUGUCUGCUCGGCCACGCCGCCGGGGGAGGCUCAGGGAGCGCUGCUGCAGUGACAGUUUUUAUUUUUUCAAAUCAGGCUGGCCAGAGGAAGCGUGUCCUUUGGCCAGGGACACGAGGAAAACGUAUAAACACAAGCGCCUGCGGAACUGAGUCCCCGCUGUCCUCCUGUACCUUAUUUAUUGAACAGAGCGGGGCUGGGUGCUCCGGUACCGCGAGGCCUUGGCGUGGCAGGGCCUGCAGGGACACCCCUGUCCCUCCAGGGACACCCCUGUCCUUCCAGGGACACCCUGGCCCUGCAGGGACACCCCUGCCCUCCUCUCCUCCCCCGUGCUGACAAGUGCCAAUGUGUCCCUGUCCCCUCUGCGGGGACCCCCGCAGCCCCUGGCUCCGUCAGUGGUGAUUUGUGUGUCACCCUCUGUCACUGGUGGUCUGAUUUGUGUGUCCCACGUCUGUCUUGUCUCCUAGGUAGAGGAAAACCAGCCUCUAGCUGCUGUGGCCUGGGCUGUCCCCGUGCCCCCAGGAGGCUCCCAGGCUCCCCAGGGCUGUGAAGGUUUUUGGGGCGCAGGAUUUUGGGGGCUGCACCCCUGUGGCUUUGCCUUUGUGCCCAAUUCCUUUAGAGCAGGCUGUGAAUUGUGUGAAAGGCCCUUCUGGGAGGAGGCACAAGAGACCAAAGUGCAGCUGCUCAGCAUUUCUGCCCUCCCUUCCCUGAUGUUUUUGGAGCUAACGGGUGGGGCAGCCCCGCUGUGGAUCCUUGGUGUGAGUGCUCAUCCCUUCCCUGUGGGCUGCGGGAGGCAGGUCCAGGGUGAGGUGAGGGAGGAGAAAGGACAGAGCCAAAUCCCCCAGUGGGGCUGGGACUGCAGAAGGAAAUCUCAGUGUGAGGAUCGAGGAGAGCUUUUCUCCAUCACCCUGCCCUGCCCCAGAGCUGCCUGUGCGUGGCUGGGGAGGGGCCACUCUUACCUGGGAAUGUGAAGAAAUGUUGGGUUUGGUAUCUCCUUGCAAUGGUCGGGAAGAAUUGGGUGGCAGCUGCCCAGGUCCCCCCAGGCCAGCCCAGAUCCCCAACUCCUUUCUACAUGUUUUUUAUGUAACAGAAGCUCAGAGAAGCUGCAGUGCUGGAGGGAAGCACAGCCCACCCCUCACACACAGCUCCUGCCCCGGAGCUGGGUCUGGGCACUCCCGGGCUCACCAGUGAUGGUCUUGGAAGAAUUUCAGAUUUUACAGCCCCUCCUUUAGUCCAGCAGGAAGGGCUGUAGGUCAGAAGUAUGGCACAUCAGAAGGGCUGUUUUAUGAGGGAAUUAAUCAAUGAUGCUGCCAGUGCCUCUCACCUCUCCCUGUUUCCUCCUGAAGUGCAAUGCAGCCCUUCUGCCUGUGCUGCCAGUGACUGGAGGUGCCAGCCCGGCGUCGCUGCUCCCCUGCCUGUGGCCAGCAGAGCUCAGCCACCUGCAGGUCUUGCUUUUUCUUAAUAGUUAAGAACCCUAAUUUGAUUUAAGAGAUUUUUUUUUUUUCCACUAGAGCCCCCUGAACAAGCCCCAAAGAUGCUUUUGCUUACGCCGGGGUGGGCUGCAGCAGGACACACAGACAGAGAAUGUGUCAGCCAGGCAGGACCGGGACCUGUGGGGCUCUGCUGUCACCAGGAUUGCCCCCGUGGUGGUGUCACCUGAGUCCCUUUUGCAGGACAUCUGCAGUGGGAGGUGUCCCCGAGCCCACUCUGCCACAGCCUCGUGCAGAGCAGCCCCCCCAUUUCAGUGUUACAGCACCGGCUCAGUUUGGGGGGUAAAGCAGCUCCAAAAAAAUCUGCUGGGUGACAUCGGGGUCUGGCACUGGCCCUGGGGCUCUGGGCCUGCUGGGGCCCUGUGGCAGCAGCACCUGUGAUGUCCCCAGGUGUGGGGGGGUCACCGGGUGGGGGAAACCCCCUGGGUACGAACGGUUCUCGCUGGUGCUGAAGUAUUUCACUUACCUCAAUUUCUUUUAAUAAAAAGAAUGAAUUACA